UAUCGAAACUCCUCCAGCCGAUAGGCGUCUUUGUUGUGUCCACCACUAGCCAAGCAAAAGCCGUCAAAUCAUCGUCGCAUUUAACCCAAUAUAUUCAACUCAUUUUGCGUUUGAAUUGUUUAAAUUUUCACCAAGUCUUCGCUAUGAGUACUAUUGGCACUGGAUACGACUUGUCGGCCUCGCAGUUCUCGCCUGAUGGCCGAGUUUUCCAGAUCGACUACGCCUCGAAGGCGGUGGAGAAGAGCGGUACCGUGAUCGGGAUUCGAGGCAAGGACGCCGUGGUGCUCGCGGUGGAAAAGAUCAUCACCAGCCAGCUUUACGAACCAGACGCCGGCGGACGCAUCUUCACAAUCGAAAAGAACAUCGGAAUGGCGGUGGCCGGCUUGGUGGCCGAUGGAAACUAUGUGGCGGACAUCGCCCGGCAGGAGGCAGCCAACUAUAGGCAGCAAUUUGAACAUGCUAUCCCGUUAAAGCACCUGUGCGAUCGAGUCGCCGGUUAUGUCCACGCCUAUACUCUUUACAGUGCCGUCCGCCCCUUCGGACUGUCCAUCAUCCUCGCCUCCUGGGACGAGGUUGAGGGCCCACAGCUCUACAAGAUCGAGCCAUCCGGCUCAUCCUUUGGCUACUUCGCCUGCGCCAGCGGCAAGGCCAAGCAGCUGGCCAAGACUGAGAUGGAAAAGCUCAAGACGGAUAUGAAGAUUGACGAUUUGGUGAAGAGCGCCGGUGAAAUCAUCUACAAAGUCCAUGACGGGUUGAAGGACAAGGACUUCCGCUUCGAAAUGGGUUUGGUGGGCAGGGUAACAGAAGGCCUACAUCUUAUAAAUCCCCCAGAGCUGACGGAGAAGGCGAGGAACGCUGGUGAUGCCGCCAGCACGGAAGAUGACAGCGACAAUGAGACGCGUUAGUUCGUUUGUGCCACUGAAUCUAAUUCUGGGCCUGAAUACAUAAUGCUAAUUUUAUAUUUCCCUAAAGCGCAAAA